AUGCGGUGUAUGGUUGCCGAUUGCCAGCAGACCGCCGGGAGCAAUCCCCUCAGGGCCGCUGGCAAAGCAGCCGGCGUGCAGCUGGGCUGGUGGACGGCCGGGAAGAAGAAGUGCUAUGUGUGCGAUACGCAUCGCUCCUCCGCAUCGCGCAAGGCCAAUACGCCGACGACAGCUCUCACUGCAGAGGAGGCCCAUGAGACUCUGCGCGGCUUUCUGGAGACCUUGCAAACUUCUCUUCCAAGCAAUGCCCGCAUUUACUACAACCAGCGGUGCCACGCGUGGCACGCCAUGGUGGGCAGAAAGAACGUGCGAGGAUCGUACCAGUCGCUGUCUAAACACGCGACGCAUGCUGCCGCGCUGCAAGCGACAGUGGCAGCGCUACGCAACCACAAGAUCGAG